AUGGCCGAAUACCAGCACAAUGCACCUCUGGAUCUUGCUCAGUACAAGCACAAUGCACCUCUGUAUCUUGCUCAGUACAAGCACAAUGCACCUCUGGAUCUUGCUCAGUACAAGCACAAUGCCCCUCUGGAUCUUGCUCAGUACAAGCACAAUGCACCUCUGGAUCUUGCUCAGUACAAGCACAAUGCACCUCUGUAUCUUGCUCAGUACAAGUACAAUGCACCUCUGGAUCUUGCUCAGUACAAUCACAAUGCACCUCUGGAUCUUGCUCAGUACAAUCACAAUGCACCUCUGGAUCUUGCUCAGUACAAGCACAAUGCACCUCUGUAUCUUGCUCAGUACAAUCACAAUGCACCUCUGGAUCUUGCUCAGUACAAGCACAAUGCACCUCUGUAUCUUGCUCAGUACAAGCACAAUGCACCUCUGGAUCUUGCUCAGUCAAGUUUUAAACAAUAA